AUGAGUAAAGAAACGACUAAAAUCGCACCUCAAUCUGAUCUCUCGGCCAAUAAAGAAGCAACGACUGUCGUGUCUUAUAAAAAAGGAGCCCUGGUACCGAUCCCGACUCUAGCCAUUCCGAUUGACCAAAAUGCGGAUAGGAGUUACAGCAGCAUUUAUUCAGAGGACUUUAGGAAACGGAUGGAAAAGCUCGAGGAGAUGCCUUGCUUCAUCUACGAACUCGUAAUGAAAUGCUGGCGCAAACAACCGAUUGAUCGUCUUAAUUUUUGCGAAAUUGCCGACUUGUUGGAGCCGUUUUACAUCGAGAGCGAAUUCGUCCAUGUUGAAGCUCUUCUUGAACGAAACGAGGAAACGAAAGGAAAACUCGCGCGGAAAAGUUCACGAAUGAGGCGU